UCUUCAAACCUCAUGUGUCACAGAGGAAAUUUAGACAUUGGAGUAACACUUGAUCCUAGAACUGUAUUCCAUACUUUUUCUGUCUAGCUCCUGUGUGUUUAAAAGGACCAAUUAAAUUCACAAAUCUGUGCUUUGGAAUAAUACUGUUUUGGAAAAGACUUGCAAAACAGGAGCAAAACUUUGAGCCUUGCACGCUCAGCGUCAUGCCGGCUGGGUUUCAGCAGCUGGGAGGGGAGAGAAUAACUGGAACCCUCGCACUGUCAGUGUUUACUGCUGUUCUGGGUUCCCUUCAGUUUGGCUACAACAUUGGAGUCAUCAAUGCACCACAGAAGAUCAUUGAACAGGACUAUAACUCAACAUGGAUGGAAAGAUACGCAGAACCAAUCCCUCCACAAACUCUGACAUCUCUGUGGUCACUGUCGGUUGCCAUCUUCUCUAUUGGGGGCAUGCUGUCCUCCUUCUCUGUGGGAAUCCUCUCAGAGUUCUUUGGCAGGAGGAAAGCAAUGCUUAUCAAUAAUGUCCUUGCAUUUAUUGGUGGAGGCCUGAUGGGAAUGUCCAAAAUCAGCAGGUCAUUUGAAAUGAUGAUUUUAGGACGCUUUACCAUUGGGGCAUAUUGUGGGUUGGCAUCAGGAUUGGUGCCCAUGUAUGUUGGUGAAAUCGCCCCUACCACUCUAAGAGGAGCACUGGGCACUCUGCAUCAGCUGGCCAUCGUCACUGGCAUUCUUAUGGCCCAGGUCUUAGGACUGGAGUCCCUGUUGGGCAGUGAGCAGCUGUGGCCGGUACUGCUAGGUGUUACCAUCCUCCCUACUGUCCUACAGAUGACGCUAUUGCCUUUCUGUCCUGAGAGUCCACGCUUCCUCUAUAUCGUCCGCUGCCAAGAGCACCAUGCAAAAAGUGCUUUGCGGCGUCUGACUGGCCGUUUGGAGGUCAGUGAAGAUUUGGCUGAAAUGAAAGAGGAAAAGAGAAAGAUGGACAUGGAGAGAAAAGUAUCCAUUGCUGAGCUCUUUCGCUCUCCUCUGUACCAGCAGCCCAUUAUCAUUUCUAUUCUGCUGCAGCUCUCUCAGCAGCUGUCAGGAAUUAAUGCUAUCUUCUAUUAUUCUACUGAUAUCUUCAAAAAGGCUGGGGUGGAAAGUCCAGUGUAUGCCACCAUAGGUGCUGGAGCUGUCAACUGUGCUUUUACAAUAGUCUCGCUCUUUCUGGUCGAGCGCAUGGGCCGUCGGACGCUCCACAUGCUAGGACUUGCUGGAAUGUGUAUCUGUGCCAUCAUCAUGACAAUUGCCCUCGCAUUACUGGAGACUGUGCCAUCAAUGAGCUACCUUAGCAUGAUGGCCAUUUUUGGUUUUGUUGGCUUCUUUGAAGUGGGACCAGGACCUAUCCCCUGGUUCUUUGUUGCAGAACUCUUCUCACAAGGUCCCAGGCCAUCAGCCAUGGCAGUAGCAGGCUUCUCUAACUGGACAGCCAAUUUCCUCAUUGGCAUGGGCUUCCAGUAUAUUGCUAACCUGUGUGGUCCAUACGUUUUUCUCAUCUUUGCUUUGCUCCUCUUCAUCUUUCUGGUCUUCACGUUCUUCCGAGUUCCUGAAACACGAGGUAAAACGUUUGACCAGAUCUCAGCCACCUUUCACCGUCAUCAACAAAACAUGAUGGACAUGGACAUGGACCUGGAUCAAGGGAAGCAUAGCACAGAACUUGACUACCUAGGUUCUGAUGGGACAGAGAACUGAGGCUUGAGAGCCAGAAAGAUGGUGAAAGGGGGGCCAGAAUGACCACAACCGAGCGUUCUUGAGGCUAAGAGAGGAGAAUGGGAUGGACACCAAAACAAAAAAGUAUUACUCAGAAGAGAUUAAGGCAUUUGUUAUUUGUUAUUAGGCAUUAUGAAGAAGGAUGUUUUAAAGGAUGAAGAAUGACUGUGGAAGACAAAAGUUUGUUUUUGGGGGAAAAAAGCAAACUUUAUGAAUCUCGCACUUUAAAAUGCUCAUAGGUUUCCAUACGCCACAAAGCCAGUUAUACUUUUGCAUACUCUAGUAGACGUAAACUAUGGUUUUAAUUUCUAAAGAGAAGUUAGUAACAUGCUUUUAAAGGAUAAAAAGCUUCUUUUUUUCCACACACAUUACAAAAACUAUUUAAAAACAAAACCUCCAACUUUCUUACAAAUCAGUUUUGAACACACUAUCAAACCUUUACACAUUUUUUUUUUUAUUAUUGUUUGUAUAGAAUCCAACUGACAAAACAAAAGCUGUACGAAAAAAAAGAUACACCUACAUAUACAUAUCACUCCUUGUGUGUUAAAAUCUGUUGUGCAAUAUAGACCUUUAUUAAGGUGUGAGCUAAACGUAAAUCCAAUUUAUAUAUAAAUAUAUAUGAUUAAAUAAAA